GUUUGUUCAGGAGGGAGGGGCCUGCUGCAUGAUGAACGGCAGCAGCAGCAGUGUAUCUGCGUCUCAGAGCUCCAGGGUCAAAAGUGAACAAGAUGACUGGAGAAAGGAGGACUGUCUCACUCUGCUGGAGAGGAUCCGCAGUCUGCUGCCGGACGUAGAUGCCAUGAAGUAUAAAACCACAGAGUCACACUUUGACUGGGAGAAAGUUUGUUUCGGCAGCUUCACUGGAGACAUGUGUCGCCAGAAGUGGCAGAAAGUGUCAACUGAGGUUCGUAAGUACAGAACGAUGACAGAGCUCAUCGUGGACGCCAUCGAGUUUGUGAAGAAUCCAUACAAAGGAAAGAAACUGAAGACUCACCCAGAUUUCCCUAAAAAACCUCUGACUCCCUACUUUCGCUUCUUCAUGGAGAAAAGAGCGAAAUAUGCUAAAAUCCACCCAGAGAUGAGCAACUUGGAUCUGACCAAGAUUCUUUCCAAGAAAUACAAAGAGCUGCCUGACAAGAAGAAGCAAAAAUACAUCGCAGAGUUUCAACGAGAGAAAGAAGAGUUUGAGAAGAACAUGGCUCGAUUCAAGGAGGAGCAUCCGGAGCUAAUGGAGGAGAGGAAGAAGUCCGAUCUGCCAGAGAAACCAAAAACUCCACAACAGCUGUGGUACAACCAUGAGAAAAAGACGUACAUGAAGCUGCACCCAGAGGUGAGUCAAAAGGAGCUGAAGGAGGCGCUGAGGAGACAGUGGUCACAGCUCUCCGACAAGAGACGACUGAAGUGGAUCAGCAAGGCCCUGGAGCUGCAGAAGGACUAUGAGGACAGUAUGAGAGCAUAUCAUGAAGCUCAUCCAGAUGUGAACUCAGAUGAUCACGUUCGUUCCGUCCUCACCAAAGCAGAGCGACAACUGAAGGACAAGUUUGAUGGCAGACCAACAAAACCACCACCUAAUGGAUACUCUCUGUACUGUGCGGAGCUGAUGGUGAACAUGAAGGACGUCCCCAGCACAGAGCGCAUGGUUCUCUGCAGUAAACAGUGGAAAAUGAUGACGCAAAAAGAGAAAGAUAUGUUCCAGAAACGCUGUGAGCAGAAAAAGAAGCAGUACGACGUCGACCUGCAGAGGUUUCUGGAGAGUCUGCCAGAAGAGGAACGAGACCGCGUCCUAACAGAGGAGAAACUGGGCGGGGGCAAAUUGAGUGUGGCUUCCAGCCCUCGCGGAGCCAAGUCUCCGUCUCUCAAGGAUCGGUGUCGGGAGGUGGAGCCAGAAUCAUGUGUACCUACCAGACCUCUAAAAGAAAGACGGGACGGGAAGAAGACAGCAAAGCUCCCAGAGACGCCAAAAACAGCAGAAGAGAUGUGGCAGCACAGUGUGAUCGGAGAUUAUUUAGCAAAAUACAGA